GAAGAAACUGAGAAUGACGUAAUUUCUGAUUAUAAUAUCCCCCCUUUAAUAUUUAAACGAUCUCAGCAGCUAGAGCUGUGAAAUAAUCAAGCUAAUCCACUCAGAAGAUUUAAUACUGUCGAGGAAUCAGUAUUUAAAAAACAUGAAGCUAGUAAUAUUUGCGGCAAUCGUCGCACUCAGUGUCAACCUUGGCAACGCUCUUGAUCCACAUGAACACAACAAGGUUGUUUGCUAUUGGAAUUCUACCUCUUUCGAACGUCUUGGAGCUGGAAAAUUUAAACUUGAUGAUCUAAAACCAGCAUUAGAAGUUUGUACUCAUUUGGUUUAUGGAUUCGCUGGGAUUGAAGCUGGCACUUUCAAAGCUAUCUCACUUCAUCCAAGUAUUGACACUGGUGCAGGAUUUGGUUUUUAUAAACAAGUCACACAAUUAAAAAGGACUUAUCCAGCUAUCAAAUUUUAUCUGUCAAUUGGUGGCAAUGAUGAUCCAUAUGAGGAAACUCACAAAUACUUGACCUUGCUUGAAUCGAAAGAUGCAAGAAAUGAAUUUAUCAAAUCUGUCUCUAUUAUGCUCAAUGAAUACGAUUUUGAUGGAGUUGAUCUUGCCUGGCAAUUUCCACCUGUUAAAUAUGCUAAAAAACGUAACGCAUUCGUCUCAUUUUGGCAUAAAAUCAAGAAAACAUUUGGCUAUGGAAAUUUCCAUGAUGAAAAAGAAGAAGAACACAAAACUGGAUUCACUAAUUUAGUUCGUGAUUUGAAAGGUCAAUUGAGAACAAAAAAUAAGGAUCUCACUAUCACAGUACUUCCCCACGUUAAUGCAACUGUAUACUAUGACAUACGUCUUUUACAACCAAAUAUUGAUGCUGUUCAUUUAAUGACAUUUGAUCAAAAAAAUCCUGAAAGAAAUCCCGAUGAAGCUGAUUAUCCAGCUCCAAUUUAUGAGAGUUAUGGACGUACUCUUCAAGACAAUAUUGAUUUUAAUGUCAGAUACUGGCUUGAGCAUGGAACUCCCGGUGGUAAAAUAGUCAUUGGUGUUCCAUCAUUUGCUCGUACCUGGAAAUUAACAGAAGACAGUCAAAUCUCUGGUGUACCACCAAUUGUAGCUGAUGGCCCUGGUGCUGCUGGUCCACAUACAGCAAUACCUGGUUUAUUGUCUUAUGCUGAAGUUUGUGCUCGUUUGACUGAAAGUGCUGUUGGAGGUCGUGUUAAACGUGUCAAUGAUCCAUCAAAAAAAUACGGAGGAUAUGCUUAUCAAUCAUACAAUAAAGACACAUCAGCCGAGGGAAUGUGGAUUGGAUUUGAAGAUCCAGAAACAGCUGGAAACAAAGCUAGCUAUGCCAAGGCUAAAGGUCUCGGUGGAGUUGCUAUAUUUGACUUGUCAACUGAUGAUUUUCGUGGUAAUUGCAAUGGUGAUAAAUUCCCAAUUGUCAAAGCAGCUAAAUAUAAGCUUUAAAAAAAUAUCAAUAAUCUCAAUUUUAUAAUUUAAAUAUUUUUCAU